UCUUUGGUUGACCUUUGCUUUACGACUCUUCUUAUUUUCACCAAUAAAAUGCAAGGGCGGUGCUUGUUGGAUAAGCGUAUUCCAUCUAGCUUGGUUUUUUGUGUACUUCGCCAAGAUAUGGUGCCUAACGCAUAUUACGUUUCAAAUAGGACAUUGUCGUGAACGCGUGAGCAGUAUUAUCGAGGAUGGCUACAUUGCCUUACAUCACACCUUGUUGCAAAAUUGGGACGCCAGUUAUGAGACAUUGCCAUAUCCCCCGUCCAUAGGAAAGUUUGCAGUGUAUAACACGGACAAUCUUCGAAAAAGAAUAAACUAUGCAGUGGAAAAUGGAAGUAUUCGUAAAUUAUCAAAAACUUUAUAGCAAGAAAGCUGUUAAGAAAUAUCAAAAAUGUUUGGCAUAAAAUGCUUACAAGAGAUUAAUGUAUACAAUUCUAAUAUUACCAUUUCAAGAAGAUAAAAUUAAAGUCAUGUCAUUGUAAAAACAUCCAUUAAAGUAUGAGCGAUAAUAUUUAAAAUACCUUAUACAUAGAACUGAAUAGAAGUAUGGAUAUGAACAAAAUAUCGUUUUCUUCAAAACAGCGAAUUUCUUGUAUUUGCAAAACGUUUUGUUAAACUUUAUACAUUCGCAUCAACAACUCUUGAUGUUUUGGUCGUCAAUAUAUUUUCAGGUUUACAAUGCAGAAUCUGAGGCCACAGGAUACUUUAGAAAACUGCCUGGCGACGACAUUACUAUACAUGUUGUUUACUUUGAUUUGAUAGAUAAUCCAGAAAUUCAAAGACUAAAAAACAUUCACACAAAUGUUCAGCGGAGUUUUAAACCAGACCUUGGAUUGUCAAAAGAUGAAAAAGAAGACGGCAAUACAUUAUACAGCUACAAUAUUACAGUGGAUCUCAAUAACAACAAUUUGUCCUCUGUUCUAGACAGGGUCCUGGAACUGAGGAUUGCAUUUUCUAUUCAUUCAUUGAGAGUGGACAGGUUCAAUAACGAUUCAAGGUGCCUUCAUAUAUAUGGAAAUGUGUCUUUCAAUGAUGAAAAUCACAAUGGUCAAGUGAAUGUUAAUCUCUUUACUGACACUUUACCAGUUAGAUGUACAAAAAUGAAUUACUCUCUUACAGAUUCUCCACAAUGCAGGGAUUAUCACGGGAAAGUUGCACUUGGUGUCGAGAUACUGGCUUACGUUACCAUUUUUGCUGACUGUGUUAUGUUUGUAGGAGGAAUAAUCGCACUGAUCACAACAUACGCCUAUAUGAGAAAACAUUACAAAAGUAUCUACGGUGAGACAGAAGGAAGGAAAAAUCUGCCUUGGGGUGAAUAUUUUGGUAAUGUGCAGUGGUGGCAUAUUCCAUCUAUCACAGGUGAUGUAUUCACACUACUGGGAGUCAGGUGGAUCAUAGGCAAGCUUGGUGAUGAUAACGACUUGGAGAAUCAACCUUUGAACCAGUGGGACAAACAUGUUGUGUAUAUUGGCUCCGGCUGCUUACUCACUUGGUUUUCUCUGCUUCGUUUCAUCAAAAUCAAUCACAAGUUCACCUUGUUGUUUAAGACCAUAAAAAGAUCAGCCGUGGAUGUUAUUUUCUUCCUUGUCUGUGUUAUCAUUAUCUUUGUCGGAUUCUGGUCGUGUGCAUAUAUAGUUCUUGGACCGUAUCAUGUUAAGUUCAAAAGUCUCUCAACCACUGCAGAAAGUUUGUUUGCUAUGAUAAAUGGAGACGAAAUCUUUGCAUCGUUUGCUUUAUUACAAAAAGCCUACGUUGGAGACUUUAAUAGAGUCUGGAUAUUUUCUAGGAUCAUCAUCUAUGGUUAUGUUACAAUUUUCACAGUUUUAGCCUUAAAUCUAUUGAUUGCAUUGUUCAACAGUGCAUACGAAGUCGUGAAGAACUCGUAUGAACAACAAAAGGAAACACGCAAGGAUUCGAUUCCAACCACACUGUCAUACUUUAUGUGUAUGGACUUCAGUACAGACCGAACCGCUGGUAGAUGUUGUAAGAUUUCGUACGACGAUCGCAUUGACUUGUUAAAUUGUAGGCCGCACACGAUCAAUUGCUGUAGAAACCAUGACUGCACGUUUGGGCUAUUUAGCAAACUGAUACAAUUUAUGUGUUUUAAUAUAUUUACAAUAUGCUGCUGUCAGUGUGACAAACACGCAAGCGUUCAAGAAGAUAAUGAGUGUGAGGCAUGAAUGAAUUAGUCAGAUUUUCAUUCAGAAUUCAACUCCACAAAACAAUGCGAUAUGUUUUUUUUUUCUCCAAAAUUUACAUUUUUGGUUUUGUAUUUGGUGAAAUCCAAGCAAUUGUCGUUGACAUUUCAAGUUUUAUACUUAGAUCUGCUCUGGUAUUUUUGAAGGAAAAAUUGAAGUAGUGUUAAUAUCUUUUUCACGUUUAAUAUUUUGCUUGACAUUUGUCUGGAUUCGUCUUGUGUAUGCUUAUUCUAUAUUUCAGAUUGUGCUGAAUUAGAAUUUAAUCAACAGAAUUCAGCGAUUAUAAACUGAAUUUUGUUUUGUUACAGAACGAAAUAACACACUGGUUAAGACUUGUUAAGACAUCAGUAACGCCCCGUCAUAGACACAAAGACUUAAAUAAACUUCAGUCUUCUUUUAAACGACUACUAUUAAUCUUAAAGAUAGAACACUUUGUAUGUAAAUAAUUUUUUUUUAUUUACCUUAAUUUACUAAACUUCUUGAAAGUAAACAGAAUAUUUGUGAAGCAGA